CCCGGCGCUGCCCGCGCGGCCCCCUCCCGCCUGGCGGCUCCUCCCCCCUCGCUGCAGUCGGAGCCGGACCGCGCUGCGCACCGCACCGCGCUGUGUGGGGGAAGCCGGCAGCGGCGGGGACGGCCCGGCCGGUGAGUGCGGCCCCGGGGGGAGCAGGCCCGCGCCGGGCCAGAAAGCUGUGGUAUUGGUAUAACUCUUUAAGAGGAGAAUCGCGAUAAAUACAUUUGGAAAACUUUGAAAACAGCAAAAAUUCGGAAGCAAAAAUGCGACCGAUGCGGAUUUUCGUGAAUGAUGACCGCCACGUCAUGGCAAAACAUUCAGCCGUUUACCCAACUCAGGAAGAGCUGGAGGCUGUUCAGAACAUGGUCUCCCAUACAGAACGUGCUCUCAAAGCUGUGUCUGAUUGGAUUGAUGAACAAGAAAAAGUCACUGGUGAGCAGCCAGAACCGGAGGCCAUGGAAACAGCAGCAGAAGAAGAAAACAAGGAAGGAGGGGACCAGAAGGCUACAGAGCAGUUGACUAGGACCCUUCGUGGAGUGAUGCGUGUUGGGCUGGUAGCUAAAGGUUUAUUACUGAAGGGAGACUUGGAUCUUGAAUUGGUUCUCUUGUGCAAGGAUAAACCAACAACAGGUCUUCUGGAGAAAGUAGCUGACAAUCUUGGAGUACAGCUGGCUGCUAUUACUGAAGAUAAAUAUGAAAUAAUCCAGUCAGUUGGUGAUGCUGCAAUUAUAAUUAAGAACACAAAAGAGCCUCCGCUGACCCUGACCAUCCAUUUGACAUCUCCUGUUGUCAGAGAAGAAAUGGAAAAACAGUUAGCUGGAGAAACGCUAUCAGUCAACGACUCCCCGGACGUUCUGGACAGGCAGAAAUGCCUUGCUGCCUUGGCGUCACUCCGACACGCCAAGUGGUUCCAGGCCAGGGCUAAUGGGCUGAAAUCAUGCGUCAUCGUCAUCAGGGUGCUGAGGGAUCUGUGUACUCGUGUUCCUACUUGGGCGCCGCUUAGAGGAUGGCCCCUAGAGCUGCUGUGCGAAAAAUCGAUUGGAACAGCUAACCGACCAAUGGGAGCUGGCGAGGCUCUGAGACGUGUUCUUGAAUGCCUUGCGUCAGGAAUUGUGAUGCCAGAUGGUUCUGGUAUUUAUGAUCCUUGUGAAAAAGAAGCCACUGAUGCUAUUGGGCAUCUAGACAGACAACAAAGGGAAGAUAUCACACAGAGUGCUCAGCAUGCACUGCGCCUUGCUGCUUUUGGCCAGCUUCACAAGGUUUUGGGGAUGGAUCCCCUACCUUCCAAAAUGCCCAAGAAACCAAAGAAUGAGAACCCAGUUGACUACACUGUCCAGAUUCCCCCCAGUACAACGUAUGCUGUCACCCCAAUGAAACGCCCUAUGGAGGAGGAUGGAGAGGAGAAGUCUCCCAGCAAAAAGAAAAAGAAGAUUCAGAAAAAAGAGGAAAAAACUGAACCUCCCCAGGCUAUGAAUGCACUCAUGAAAUUAAACCAGCUAAAACCUGGACUCCAGUACAAGCUGGUUUCUCAGACUGGUCCAGUUCACGCGCCUAUCUUUACUAUGUCUGUGGAAGUUGAUGGCAGCACAUUUGAGGCAUCGGGACCUUCUAAAAAGACAGCCAAAUUGCAUGUUGCAGUAAAGGUGUUGCAGGAUAUGGGUUUACCCACAGGAGUUGAAGGCAAAGAGUCUGUGAAAGGAGAUGAGUCAGCAGAGGAAACAGAGCAAAAACCAGUAGUUGUCGCACCUCCACCUGUAGUAGAAACUGUGUCUACACCCAGUGCUGCCUCUCCUCCCUCAGAGCAGACUACAGAGAAUGUGAAACAGCAGGGACCAAUUUUGACGAAGCAUGGGAAGAAUCCAGUGAUGGAACUGAAUGAGAAGAGGCGUGGCCUAAAGUAUGAGCUGAUUUCCGAAACCGGUGGCAGUCAUGACAAGCGCUUUGUCAUGGAGGUUGAGGUGGAUGGGCAGAAAUUUCAAGGAGCUGGUUCAAACAAAAAGGUGGCAAAAGCUUACGCUGCUUUGGCUGCGCUGGAGAAGUUGUUCCCAGAUGCCCCUGUUCCCAUUGAACAAAAUAAGAAGAAAAGAGCUCCUGUCCCUGCAAGGGGGGGACCAAAAUUUGCAGUUAAGCAACAUAACCCUGGUUUUGGAAUGGGUGGCCCCAUGCACAAUGAAGUGCCACCGCCUCCCAACAUGCGUGGCCGCGGUAGAGGAGGCAACAUGCGUGGCCGUGGUAGAGGCAGAGGGGGAUUUGGUGGCAAUCAUGGUGGCUACAUGAAUUCCGGAGCUGGAUAUGGAAGCUAUGGUUAUGGAGGCAAUUCGGCAACAGCAGGCUACAGUGACUUUUUCACAGACUGCUACGGCUAUCAUGAUUUUGGGUCUUCCUAGAUCAUCUAAAAGUAUUGCACAAAAAACAGCUUUUUACUCCAAUUUUCUCGAACUCCAAAACCCAAAGUGUUCGUGCUGUGUCCCUGUGCUUCACUGGGUUUCUCAACAGUGGCUUUUCACCGCAGCUUGUCUGAAACUCUUAGCCUGCAGAACUUUAAGACAGUAGCAGUUUUUAUUGUGAUUAUUUGCCUUUGAACUUGGUUGUAUUGAUGUACACAACAGGGGAAAUUAAUUAUGAAAGAAUGUUUUUGUGCAGUUAGCACAAAUUUCAAAGCCAGCUCUGUUCAGCAUAAAGGCAAAAAGCCCACCUUUUGCUUUUUAUGGAAAGCAUUCUUUUUUUUUAAGAACCGAUUACUCAAGUGUUUUAAUCUACCUUUGUCUUAAUUUAUGGCAGGUUUUGUACAAAAUUUACACCUUUUAAUAAGCCCCAGAACUUGGGUAGAUGCCUCUGAUAUUAGGAAGGCUCUCAACAUCUCUGAAUCUAGUACAGCCCGGCUUUUUAAGCAUGCAAAAUUGUUGACUUGUAUGUGGAAUCUUUUAUGUGUUGAACUUAAACUUUACACACCCUUUGUAAUACACUGGUGAUAAAUGCUGGAGGGAUGUGACUUAGUGUACUUUCAAAGGUAUUGUAAUUGUGCUUCCAAUACUGGUACAAUAAAUAUCCAGGCAUUAAGGAGUUGAUGUAAAAAAAAAAAAUGUUAGUCUUGAUAACUUCUUAAAAUGCAUGGAUUUUGAUUAGUGACAUGAAAGUGGGCUUUUUUUGAUUCAAGCAUAAAGGGCCUAAAGCACUGACCGACCUUCCCCCCCCCCCCCCUUCCCUUCCCUCCUUCACCAUGCCCCACCCACCUUAAAAUGGCUGCAAAUUUAGCGGAGUGGUCGUUCAGGCCAUCUGCAAGGUGUAGUGUAUGCCUAUUGCCCUUAAAGCAGAAGUACUUUGUAGGCUGGAAAAUAAAUAAAAUUUCACAUAAUUUUGAAGUCGCAGGGAAUAAAUUGGUUGUUUAGACGCAAGCCUUUUAUGAAACAUCAAGUGUGUGGUCCUUUAUUCUUGCCAAGCAUUUGUGUUUAAAAUUGUAUUUUCUUUGUCACUGUUCUUUUUUCUUUUAUUCUUUUUUUUUUCUUUAGCUGCAAAGCCUGCACCACUGCAUUAAUUUAAUUUGAGGCUUAACAUUUUGAGUUAACUCAGUAAUUUAAAUUGAUGAGAAUACUAUCCUGUGAAACAUCAGAUUUGAAAUUUUGCCUGAGGAAAGUUUCAGAUAUUUAGUGAACAAUUUUUAAAAACAAAAAAUUAAUGCAUGCCCUAUUUUUUUUAGAAAGUUAUUGUUUGAGAUGAUGUCUUUUUUUAUACAAGGGAAUAGAUAUUGUCCUGAAUGAGGUGAAAAACUGCCAUUUUUUUUAAAUGAAUACAUGUUAAAGUAA